AUGAAACCCUUUUUCUCAACCCUCCGAGCCCGCCAACUAAAUGGCUACGUCUGCCAAACCUGCACCCGCCAAUUACGUCGCAAACCUCAACGACGAAGCUAUGCCUCCACUUCUUCUCGCACCCCGGAGAUCUUCGACGUAGUCUGCGUCGGCGGCGGUCCCGCAGGUUUGAGUCUCCUCGCAGCACUCCGAGCAAACCCCAUAACAAGCACCCUCAAAAUCGCCCUCAUAGAAUCCCAAUCCCUCACCCCAACACGCACAUUCUCCCCAUCCCCAGAUUCCUUUUCGAACCGCUGUUCCAGUCUAACGCCCUCGUCGGUACGUUUCUUGAGUGAUAUUGGGGCGUGGAAGUUCGUUAGAGGGGAGAGGGUACAAGGGUAUGGGCAGAUGAGGGUUUGGGAUGGUGUUUCGGGGGCUGCUGUUCAUUUCGAUGCUUUUGGUGGUGCGGAAAAGGAAAAGAGGGAUGAAGGGGGAGUGGUGGCUUAUAUGAACGAGAAUGUGAAUUUGACAGCUGCUUUACUAAGAAGGGUUGAAGAGUUAGGUGGCGUGGAAAUACUCGACGGGGAGAGAGUGGAGGAUAUUACACUUGGGAGGGAGGCGGAGGAGGGGGAUUUAAGUCAAUGGCCUGUGGUGAAACUCAGUGGUGGGAGGGAACUGGCUGCUAGGUUGCUGGUUGGGGCUGAUGGUGCGAAUAGUCCUGUGCGCGGGUUUGCGGGGAUUGAGAGUACUGGGUGGGAUUAUGGACGUGUAGGUUUGGUGGCUACCCUGUGUAUGGAAGGCGAGGGGGAGGCGGAGGGAAGGGUGAAGACGGCGUAUCAGAGAUUCUUGCCUACGGGGCCUGUGGCCUGUUUACCACUGCCGGGAAAGUUUAGUACACUGGUGUGGAGUACUACUCCUGAAUUGGCUGCUAAGCUCAAGAGCUUGAGCCCGAGGGACUUUGUGGGCAUGGUUAAUGCGGCCUUUCGCCUCGGCGUUGUGGAUUUGAAAUACUUGCAUACGCUUGAAGGGGGACAGGAGGAGGAGGCGGCGUGGAGAGAAGACCACGUCGGGUUUGAUGGGAGCAAGAUUCCGCAGAGGGUCGUGGGUGUGCAGGAUGGGAGUAUUGCUUCAUUCCCACUAAAGCUUAGACACGCGGAUACGUAUAUUGGGGAACGUGUCGCGCUUGUAGGAGAUGCUGCUCAUACUACUCACCCCUUAGCUGGCCAAGGACUGAACGCGGGCCAAGGGGACGUGGAGAGUUUGGCGAGAACGAUUGAGUACGCCGUUGCGCACGGGAUGGAUAUUGGGGUGAGGAUGAGCUUGGAGCAAUAUAUGGCUGAGAGGUAUGUGAAGAAUCAUGUGUUGCUGGGAGUGGUGGAUAAGUUGCAUAAGUUGUAUUCUGUUGAAAGUGGACCGCUUGUGGGCUUGAGGAGUUUGGGAUUGGGGGCUGUGGAUGCAUUGGAGCCGGUGAAGGCGUUCUUUAUGAGACAGGCGGCCGGAACUGGGAAGAUAUUGUAA